AAUUAAUGAAACGAAUUACUUCGUAGACUAUGGUGCAUUAUGCACAUCCAUUCUCAUGUUGGCUGUACAGUAUCGGCAAACAACUCGCCCAAUUUCCCGUUUCAACGUAUAUUGCCGGUUUUUGCUUACGGUAAAUAAGAGGACUCAUACUAACUACGCAAUGUACGUAUGUAAUUCGCGUUGACAUCUGUCCGAGUUCGGCGAUAAUGUGUAGCCAGCAUAAGAACUUGUUUCUACUGACACCAUGACACUAUGAUAGUACUGUGUUUAAACACUAGAUGGCGCUAUGUCAAAUGCUGUUUUACCGACUCCAGCUGUCACGCCAUGCGCGGCAGUAUGCGCGAAUUAUAAAAUCCUACCAAAUGCUCGGCGAUACAAAUCUAUAAUCGUCGCCCCUGCAAAAAUGUCAGCGGCGCCUGAAACCGGCUCGAUAAAUAUGACAAAAAAUGUGAAUAACCAAACAAAUCGGACAAACAAACUUAUUAUGAAUAGUUUAAGUACAAAUAAUGAUAAGAAAAGCGAACACAGUGGUGACAGUUCUUCAGUUAUAAAAGUGAAAAGUGUUAUUCCUAGACGACGGCAAGAUCUGCUCAAAUGGUACGGAUGGGGGUACAAGGACUCGAUGUUUCAGCUAAAUGGAGAUUAUGCCAUGUUUACCGGAGACAGAUAUUCGAUAUGUGGCCAACCGCUCCCAUACCUUCAACAAUGGGCGUACGAGAACUUCAAACUGGACCUAACGAAACCACCCAACAUCCCUGACCUACCCACAUCAUUCCCCGAGAGCCGUCUCCCUGAAAACAUCAGACAAGAGUUGGAGAGCAUAGCGCUGGUCAGCGUGGAAGGCAUGGAUAGACUCAUCAGGGCUCACGGGCAAACUCUAAGAGACAUAACGAACUUGAGAGGGAAUAAGUUCGAAAGAAUACCCGAUGCCGUCAUCUGGCCAGAGUCCCAUGAACAGGUAGAAAAGAUAGUGCAGUGUGCAUCGCGACACAACUUCGUGCUGAUUCCGUUCGGCGGCGGCACCUCCGUGUCCGGAGCGGUGACCUGCCCCGCCAAAGAGAUGAGGCCUAUAGUGGCCCUGGACACCAGCGAGAUGAACGCCAUUUUGUGGCUCGACAAAGAACAACUGUUGGCCAGAGUGCAGGCUGGAAUAGUAGGCCAGGAUCUGGAGCGGGAGAUGCGAGCGCGGGGCUUCACUGUGGGCCACGAGCCUGACUCCUACGAGUUCUCCACCCUGGGCGGAUGGGUCGCCACACGAGCCAGCGGCAUGAAGAAGAAUACGUAUGGCAAUAUUGAGGAUAUCAUUGUGCAAACUAAGGUUGUGACAACUCAAGGAGUGAUAGAAAAGGGUUGUCGUGUGCCUCGUAUAUCUUGCGGGCCCGAGUGGGAACAUGUGGUCAUGGGGUCCGAGGGGUGCCUGGGGGUUGUCACCGAGGUGACACUGAAGAUCAGGCCGCAGCCGACGCUGACCCGCUACGGGUCGCUGGUGUUCCCGCGCUGGGCCGCGGCCGUGCGCUUCCAGCGCGCGGUCGCGCGCGCGCGUCUGCGGCCCGCCAGCAUCCGGCUCAUGGACAAUCACCAGUUUCGUUUCGGCCAGGCCCUCAAGACUGAGUCCUCGUGGGGCGGAGUAUUCCUGGACGGCUUGAAAAAGCUGUACAUCACAAAGAUCAAAGGGUUCGACCCUGAGAAACUGUGCGUGGUGACACUGCUGAUGGAGGGCAGCAGUGAAGAAGUGGCAGACAUUGAGAAGAAGCUGAAGCGGACGGCGACGCAGUUCGGCGGCGUGCCGGCGGGCGCCGACAACGGCCGGCGCGGGUACACCUUGACCUUCGUCAUUGCCUACCUCAGGGACGUGGCGAUAGAAUAUGGCGUGGUGGCGGAAUCCUUCGAGACCUCGGUCCCCUGGGAUCGAACCCUGGCCCUCUGCCGUAACGUGAAGCAGAGGAUCAGGGACGAGUGUGCCAGCAGAGGCAUCGAACAUUUCCUCAUAUCUUGUCGCCUCACACAAACUUACGACGCGGGAUGCUGCAUAUACUUCUACUUCGGGUUCCGGGCGUGCGGCCGCGACCCCGUGGCCGCGUACGAGGAGAUUGAGGAGGCAGCCAGGGACGAGAUCAUCGCCUGCGGAGGGUCGAUAUCCCACCACCACGGGGUAGGCAAGCUCCGCAAGAAGUGGUACUCGCAGACAGUGAGCGAACCCGGGAGGCAACUGCUACUGGCUGCCAAGGGCACUCUCGACCCGGGAAAUGUGUUCGCUCUCGGCAACAUGGCCUUCGGGGAAGGACCCGACCUUCGGAGUAAACUGUAGGAUCGUCUAUGGCGAUUGCUGUGUCCAAGGAACUUAUAUGCUAACUGGAAUGAUUACGAAUGACAAAUGUCAAAAUGAUAACAUUGAAAACUAGACCUAUUUGCUUUGUAAUAAAGAUCAUCAAAUUUCCACAAUGUCCGCGUGCCAAUACCUAAAGUGCCUGAAAUUGGGCACGAAAUUUGUAGCCAUCCCUUUCUGGCAAACUGCUAUUGUCAUAUGCAAGAAAAAAAUGUCAACAAAUUUUAGACCCAAGUAUAGUUGGGCUUUGCUUAUUCGUAAGCAUUCGAGUUUAGUAUGAUAAAUUCUUUGGCUGUGUCGAGCCCUAGCUUGUUUAUGACGAUAGCUAUAUUUUCUUCGUCUACGAUGUCAAGACCAUUAUUUGCGUGUCGAUGGCAAACCUACAAACGCUCUCUUGGAUACCAAAUAUUCGCCUGAACCGCCCCAUUGCUGGCAUCAUCUCAAGCUGCCAUCAAAUCAGGCCGAGGCUUCUGGUGUUUGGGCACUCGGGACAGGGGAACAGACAUCGAUUGCGCAGUCGCACAUGUUAUGGUAGUAUGCGAUUGAUUAAGCAUACAAUGUGGCUCCAGUAUUACGUAUAGUGGUCCUUCGUGGUCCAACUAUGCCUUUUAACUAGACGGAAAAAACUAUCGACCUCGUCAAAAACACAGCUUGGGAGAGUAAAGUCGUAGAACUAUUAUAUUUCGUAUGGACCACCUGUACUUUGUAACAACACAGUUAAAAUAUUUUCGAGUUUGUGACAGAGAAAACUAAGGAUGAUUUUUAUAAAAUGUCCGUCCAAAGCGGCGAUAUGUAUAGUAAAUACGCGGGGAUAAAAAAUAUUCUUGGUGUCUGUCCCGUUUCUCGAAUAUUUCUAAUACACAAAGUUUCUUAAAGAUUUAUUUCUGAAGAAAUAAUAAGCCAGUUCUUGUGUGAGCGAUUUUGUCUAUGACUAUGAUCUGAUCUAGUCUUGAGCGAGAGAUCUUAUGUGAUCUCUUUCUUGUAUAAGCGACAAAGAUAUAGUCAAUGUCUAUAGUUUUCUCCGUCUACAUCUCAAAAUGUCCCGGGAAAUAUCUUCAAGGUUAUGAAGAAGUUAGUUAAUCGAAGAAGUUAGGAGUAAACUAAAAGUCAUUUAAUUUGUAGGCGUGUCGAAUUGCCGCAAAAUUCCUUUUUUUAUGUAGUUAACAUAACACUAUGUUUUCAUGAAAUCGUAAUAUACGUAUAUUACGGUUAAUACCAAAAACCCCAAAUGAGUUUAACCCACCGAUUGAUAAAUUAAUUAAACGUUUGAAAUGAUGAUCAAAAUCGAAUUCGCAGAUGACAAGUCCGAUACAUGAUGAGACAAUACAAAAGAUGUCAGCGCUCUGUCUCGUUUCUUCUCGUUCUAAUACGCACUACAUCUUGAGGUAAAAAAUAAGCCACAUACAAACUACACAUUGUACUGUCGGGGGCAGCUUAUACUGACAGUGUAUAUUCAUUCGCGUCGGCAUCUGUCCGAGUUCACUCGUAGUGUGGAGCCGGGAUUUACUUAUACUGCUAUCCUCUGUGUGCUGUGUUAUUUGGCAUCAAGUUAGGCAAAAUCAUAUUAAGAUUUUUCUUUUUUUGCAAUUUAUGUCAAAGAUACCAAUGCAGUUUGACGCCACAAGAUGGCACCACAAAUGAUAAAGUUGCUACUUCAAGCGAGGCCUUCAGUAAAUAUAGAAGAUAUAAUUUUUUGGUAUGGAGAUGGAAAUAGGUACAUUUGCUUAAAAUUGCUUUGGUCAUUGAUCAAUGCCAUAACUUUUGGGUGACAAAUAGCAUUUUAACUAUGUAUGGAUUAGUUAUUUAUUAUUUCAUUUCUAGGUAACAGCGAUCACAUUGCCUGUAUCUGUCAAGAAAGUGAAGAAAACGAAUUUUCGACGAACUACAUAUUUUUGACGUUGCGAUACAAAUUAGAAUGUUCAAUUUAAUUUUUCACUUUCUUGACAUACCUACUGUAUGUGGGUAGGUACUCGUAUAGGAAACAAAACAUAGAUACUUUAUUCACUAUCUUUUUGAACACAUGCUAAAACUGGAUUAAGUAUACCAAUAUGACCCACGAGAGCUGACAAAUCUAGUAAGGGUAAUAAAAUGAUAAUUAAAUUUAUUUCUAUGUAGGAAUAACUUAAAAUUUAGCUUAUUAGUGUGAGGUGAAGGUCAAUCUGACAUAUUUAUUUCAAAUCACCAACUAGUCCGCGCCACGAAAGUGGUACCAUGGCAAUAUUGGGAACUAUCAAUAAUAGAUCGGCCACGGUGUUUUCAGCGGCUGCAGCGCCGCGCCUGCGGUACUCUACUCUCACUCUUUUUAUAGUUCACAACUUUUCACUUAGAACAAAUACGUUCACAUAAAUGUGGUUGUGGUCAUUGUGUUAGAGCAUUAUUUAUUUCUUAAAAUCUUGCUUUCUUGUAAUGCUUAUUUAAUUCGAUCUAUAGAACAUUAAAAUAUAAUAAGUUCUUUGCAUGUUUGGAUAUUGCUCAAUCUAGGAAUAAAUGACAAAAUCUGAUAUUGUAAAAAUAAUUAUUUUAUUUUAUUAUGUACCUAACAUUCCUUUGUGAUUUUUAUUUAUUUAUUGUUAAGAUAGAUUUAGGAGGGUAUGUCGGUAAUACUGUAACAAAAUGACAAAAAUUGUGUUCAAAGUUUUAAUAAAAAAGUUGAAAUUAA